AUGGGUAUCCUUAAAAUCAAGUCAACUCCAAGACAAUAUAGAUAUGGAGAAUUUAAUAGUGAAUUUUUCCCAAGGGAACUAACUGGUAUUAUUCCUCCAAAAGAAUAUUUAAGAUGUUUAGAAAUUAUGUCAAAUAAUUGUCAAAGACAUUUUAUUUCCUAUCUUUUAAUACUAACACCACUUAUGUAUUAUUUCAUUGGUCUCAUUGCUGCACUAAUAAUUUCAAUCUCUGAAGUUAUUAGAUGGUUCUCUUUUAAAAAAACUGUAAUUAUUUUUUUAUUAUAA